UUUCACUUAUGUGAGCGCUGCAGUUCGCCUGUCUGCUCAGUCUGUCUGCAGGCUGACCCGCUGGAGGGCAAAGCUCCCGUGUGAACCCGGAUCAGCAGCUCGGCUCUCCCACUCAGAGGACACGGAGAGGCGCGUCCCCCGGCCGGUACGCGGUGAAACGCCGAGCGGCUCCGGAGCUUCCCCGCAGCAUGUAGUGAAGCCUGAGUUAGACCCCGAUUCACUGUGUGUGCUUUCAUUUGUGUCAUCCACGGAUCAGCUUGUGAUUAAGGGAAGCGUGUGAAACCUGCGUGAUUUCCUUGUCUCCGGUGUGCGUGGUAGGCAUGUUCCACAUCAGCCAGGCUGUACUUUCCCCGCAGUGGCCCUCUGUCUGCUCCGGUCCGCUGCUCUGAUCACAGCCUGGGUGACCCGCUGGAGCCAUGGGUGGGAGUCUGGGUUGCCACCGCUCCAUCCCCAAAGACCCGACAGACUUCAGCAGCAGCAAGCGCAAAUUCAGCGCUGCGUGUAACUUCAGCCACAUCCUGGUCAACCAGGAGCGACUGAACAUCAACACGGCCACCGAGGAGGAGCUCAUGACCCUGCCGGGGGUCAACCGCACCGUUGCACAGAAUAUCGUGGAGUACCGGGACUGUAUCGGGGGGUUUAAAAAGGUGGAGGACCUGGCGCUUGUGAGCGGAAUCGGGGCCACGAAGCUGGAAGUGAUCAAGCUGGAGAUCUGCGUGUCCAGUCGGACCAGCUCGUCCCAGCACUCCCCGUCCUCGCUGCGUAAAGACCUGGAUCACCAGCCCUGCACCGGGAUGAACAUCAACACCGCCACGCCGGCGCAGCUCAUGAGCAUCCGAGGCAUCACGGAGAAGAUAGCCAAGAACAUCGUGGCCUACCGGGCGGAACACGGCCCGUUCAAAAGCAUCGAGGAUCUGGUGAGGGUCAACCACAUCAACAGCUCGCUGCUGGACAAGAUCCGCUUCCAGGUGUUUGUGGAGCGCUCCAGGGCGCCGUCCACCAACACCAACGGAGGGUUGACCUGCACCACCAAGUCCCACCCGAGCCCGACUUCCUUCAGCCUCAGGAGCGACGACCUGGACCUCCCACCUGGAGGACCGACCCAGAUCAUCUCGGUGCGGCCCAGCGUGGAGCCUCCGCCCGGCCAGCGGGACGGGAAGCCCGUGGUACGGCUGGCUACCUGGAGCCUGCAGGGCUGCUCCUGUGACAAGGCCAACAACCCGGGGGUCAAAGAGGUCGUGUGUAUGACCCUCCUGGAGAAUGACAUCAAGUUGCUUGCAGUCCAGGACCUGCUGGACCGGGAGGCUCUUGAUAAGUUCUGUGUGGAGCUGAACCAAGGCACACUGGCCAGUGUACGCAAGUGGAAAUGGCCACGGGGGCUGUGGAAGAGCACCGUGUCUGAAAAACCCACAGGCCGCUCCAGCAAGGGAGUGAGCUACUCAGGCUUUCUGUGGGAUAGCUCGUCUGGUAUUGACCUGAAAGAUGCUGCAGUCUUGGAGCCUCCUGUUGUCAAUGGUAACGGGAAUCACGGCUACCCCCGACCCUACUUGGCUCACUUUUCUAUUGGUUCGUCAGAGCUGACGGUGGUGAAUGUCCACAUGCAAGCCAUAACACAGCCAGGAGAGUCCAACGGCAGGAACCACAACUCAGACGAGGCCAAGUCUCAGCGCCUGUCCCCCAGCAUCCAGGAAACACUCAAAGGUGAGAAGGAGCUGGUGGUGCUGGGAGAUUUUGGCUUGCCUCCUCAGAGCUCGGAGCUGGACCUCUUGAGGAAGGAGAAGCUGUGCGCCGUGGUGCCGUCCAGCCAGUUCACCAACAUAAGCACCCGGUCACCACAGGGCACCCAGUGCCUGGAUAACAUUUGGGUCAGCCGCUCCCUCAAGAAGAUCUACUCAGGCCACUACAUGGUAGUGCGGGAGGGCCUGACUAAUCCCUGGAUCCCCGACAACUGGUCAUGGGGCGGAGUGGCGUCAGAUCACUGCCCAGUCAUGGCUGAAUUCUUUGUGGACGCAAGCCCCAAGGAGCUGAGCAGGCCCAGCGUGACGGUGGUGGACAGAGGAGACAUCAUGCCCAAACACGAGCGGUGACGACACCCACCAUCACAGAGACAGUGGUGGAUAUAUAUCAGGGGAGACUGCACCAAUGACAUAUCAAAAAAAAUGACUUUGUCCUGCCUGGGUCCUGCUCUGUCUUGGUUUGCUGUGGAGCAAAGAGAUUCCUGAUGAAUGUGAAGAAGUGCCACGAUUGCCUUUUUUUGGGCUCCUCUUAUCAGUGUAUAAUAGUCAAUGUAAGUAGUAAAUGUUUUGGACAAAAUGAAAAGAUAUAUGCUGUACUCUGUUAUAGAUAAGUGUGCCAAACAUUUUCUAUAUGUAUAUGAAAUAAAAUGAAAUUGAUAGAUGUUCCA